AUGGAUGGCUAUGUGGUCCUGAGAGUGAUCGGAGAGGGCUCUUUCGGCAGAGCCCUUUUGGUUCAGCAAGAAAGCAGUAAUCAGCUGUUUGCCAUGAAGGAAAUAAGGCUUCCCAAGUCUCUCUCUGGUACACAGAAUUCUAGGAAGGAGGCUGUUCUGUUAGCCAAAAUGAAGCACCCCAAUAUUGUUGCCUUUCAAGAAUCAUUUGAAGCUGAUGGACACCUGUAUAUUGUGAUGGAAUAUUGUGACGGAGGGGACCUAAUGCAGAAGAUAAAGCAUCAGAAAGGAAAGUUGUUUCCUGAAGAUACAAUACUUAAUUGGUUCACACAAAUGUGCCUUGGAGUAAAUCACAUUCACAAGAAACGUGUGUUACACAGAGAUAUCAAGUCCAAGAACAUCUUCCUCACCCAAAGUGGAAAAGUAAAACUGGGAGAUUUUGGAUCUGCCCGUCUUCUCUCCAAUCCUAUGGCGUUUGCUUGUACAUAUGUGGGAACACCCUAUUACGUGCCCCCAGAAAUUUGGGAGAACAUGCCUUACAACAAUAAAAGUGACAUCUGGUCCUUGGGAUGCAUUCUCUAUGAGCUCUGUACCCUUAAGCAUCCAUUUCAGGCAAACAGCUGGAAAAGUCUUAUUCUCAAAAUAUGUCAGGGGUCCCUGAGCCCACUGCCAUCUCAGUACUCCUGUGAACUCCAGCUUCUGAUCAAGCAGAUGUUUAAAAGGAAUCCCUCACAUCGCCCUUCUGCUACAACACUUCUCUCCAGAGGCUCUUUGGCUCGGCUUGUCCGCAAGUGCUUACCCCCAGAGAUCAUCACAGAAUAUGGCAAUCAGGUAUUAGAAGAAACCAAAAAUUCUAAGCAUAGUACACCAAGGAAAAAGGCAGACCCCAGCAGAAGCAAGAUAGCUUUGGAAGAUGAGGCAGCCACGAUGCCAGGAGAAGAACAAGAUAGAAAGUAUAGCCACACUGAUUUAGAAAACAUUAAUAAAAAUUCAGUUGAAAGUGCACUGGGGACAUUAAAUAAAGAGAAAGAUAAUAAAUCAGUCCAUCCGAGGAAACGCAGUUCACCAAGUCCUGUCAGGAGACAGUGGGAGAAAAAUGUCCCCAACACAGCUCUCAUGGCUCUGGAAACUGCAGCCAUACUCUCCUCCAGCUUAGCAGCCGGGGAUGAGAGAGGUGGUUCUGUAAUAAAGUACAGUGAAAAUAACACCCGUAAGCAGUGGCUCAAAGAGACUCCAGAAACUCUGAUGAACAUCCUUAAGAAUGCGGAUCUCAGCUUGGCCUUUCAAACAUACACAAUAUAUAGACCAGGUUCAGAAGAAUUCUUGAAGGGCCCCCUGUCUGAAGAAACAGAAGCAUCAGACAGUGUGGAUGGUGGUCAUGAUUCUGUCAUUUUGGACCCAGAGAGAUUGGAACCUGGACUGGAUGCAGAGGACACGGAUUUUGAGGAGGAUGACGACAGGCCUGACUGGGUGUCAGAACUGAAGCGGCGAGCUGGCUGGCAAGAAGCUUCGGAUGGGUGACGCCCAAGGAAGCGCUCCGUAGUCAGAUCGAGUAGAUGUUGAAAAUGAGGAAUUAAUGUUUGGAUAAUAUCAGCUCACAGGCUUUAUAGUUUUCUUUGGACACAAAACGAAGAAGGGGAAACUGUGAAUAUUUAAAAUUGUUCCUGAUUAGUACCACAAGGCUUAAAAAACCUGUAACUCUCAUGAGUUGUUGAACUGAAAGGAGAAGGCGUAGAAGAAUGGCUCUGAACUUCAGGCUUUCAGUCAGAAAAGAAAUCGGAGGCUACUGCUUCCAGUUUGUGUGAUUGUGGGAAAUUAUUGAAGCUCUUUGAGCCCCCGUUUCCCUGACUCUAAAACGAGGUGAUAAUGCCUUCCUCACAGGGAUGCUGACCAAAGACCAUGGCGGCAGCCCUUCACAUUAUUUCUGCACUGUUACAAUUGGUGCUUAAUUGCUGUGUAACUAUUUUUACAUUUCUGAAAGGCUUGAGGAUCUAAAU